AUGGAGACAGUGUGGCUCCCAGUGGCACAGAUUGCUGAGGUUGAGACAGGCAGUGUUGUGCUAGCUGGGCGCUGCAAGCAGAUGGAGGUAGCAAAUGAUGAUUGGUUGAACAACGGUCUGGAAGAGUUGUGUGACCUUCCUGUUUCCCUCCUGUUGUUAACAGUGUUGGACUGCUGUGAAGGGGAUAUUCUCCUCUUGCUGGAUUCUUCAGGAAGUGUGGCACACCACGAAUUCUCACGCCUGCUGCUUUUCACUGCCGACCUGCUUCGGCCCUUCUCAUUAGGCCGUGGACAUGUGAGAGUCGGGCUGCUGCAGGUGGGCACAAGCUCAAAACUGGAGUUCGGCCUGAACACCCACAACAGUCAGGAAAGUCUACAGAAAGCUCUGCAACAUGUCCACCACCUGCAGGGAGACACCAACACUGUGGCAGCACUCAGGGUGGCCCAGCAGCUCCUGAGAGAAGCAGAGGAGCCCGUGCCAAAGAUACUGCUGUGGCUGACUGAUGGUGUGCAGCCUGGAGACAUCGUAGAGCCCAUGACGGAGCUGAAGGAGAGGGGAGUUUCUGUGCUGAUUGUGUCCACAGUACAUGGCAACUACCGGGUGUUACAACGUGCAGUGACACCUCCUAAAGAGUCCCACCUGUACUUUGUGGACAUCGACAACAUCAACAUCAUCACAGAAGAUCUAAGGAAGGCCAUCAUCAAAAUAAUUCGUGCAGAACGGCUGCAUGUGGUUCACUUGACCUCCCACAGUGCUGUGCUGCAGUGGCGUCCUAUUCUGAGAGCAGACGGAGGUUAUUAUGAGCUCUGGUAUUACUCCAUGUUGAACACGGACCCUGAGACCAGACGUAUCGUGUCAAGUGACUCCAGCCAGGCGGAGCUGAGAAACCUCCAGCCUGAUACCACUUACAAAGCUUAUCUCCGCCCAGAGUCCAAUCAGAGGAUGUUUGACACACUCUCUGUGACCUUCACCACACUUCCUGAUGUUUUAAGCCCUGCAGUGGUUUCCGUGUCAGACUCCAGCCCUCAUCAGAUCCGCGUGAGCUGGGGUCCUCUGCAGCCGGCCCGCGUCCAGAGAUACACGGUGGAGUACGGAGCUAUUCCGAGCGGACUUGUCAGGACUGUGAUGUUCCACAGCCAGAAAAAUUCAACUUUACUUACCGGCCUGGAGCAGGGCACUCAAUACCUGGUCACAGUCAGCGCUUUGCAUGUGGAUGGAAAAGAAAUAGCCAUGUCCGUGAGGGCAUGCACUCACGAGGCAGCUCUGCCUGCUCUGGCUGACCUACAGUUGACCCCUGUGCAGCAUCAGGAGGUGCAAGUAGCGUGGAAGGCCCAUCAGGAAGGAUUGAAAGGCUACUGGCUCAAGUGGGAGAACACAAACUCUCACGCUUCCUCCUCAAAGUUCUCCUCAAAGUCCUCCUUCUCCUCCGUUUACCUGUCUCCCAGCUCUCAUUCCACACGGCUCACACACCUUUCCCCAGGCAGCCAAGUGUGUGUGUCUCCAGUCUACAGCUCGGGCCUGGGUGACGGGUUGUGCUGCAGUGCAUUGCAGACAGGUUACCUAUGAGCCCUAUUAUUAUUAUUAUCAUCUGUUUUUGGUUUUUUUACUUAUUUCCAAUAUUUUAAGU